AUGGGCAAAGAUCUUGCACAUUGGGCUCACGAGCUCCAAGGUAAACAUGGUGAUAUGUUCGAAACUUACUAUGGUAGUCAACGAACAAUCUGGGUCGGCCGUGCCGACCUCGCAGCACCAAUUUUAGCAAGUUCCACAAAAAAUAAUUAUUUCAAUCGUGGUGUAUCAAGUCCUGGAAUGAGAGAAAUUGGUCUUGAAACCGUUGGAAUUGCCGCAAAUCGUGAUUAUGAGUCUUGGAAAUUUAAUCGAAGAUUUUUUAGUACCGUUGUAAUGUCACCAAGAUUUUUGAAAAAGUCUAUCACAGCCACUGAAAAGUUGUUUAUGGAAGCAGCAUCAUAUCUUACUACUCUUGGUGGUGAAACUUCCGUUGAUAUGUCAAAGUUUUGGUUUAGAUUUUUUGUGGAUAGUAUGUAUAUUUCAGCUACUGGAAACCACGCUCAUGCUAUGGCUGGAUAUUUUAAUACGCUAGUUCCCGAUAAUAAACAAGCUGAUCAUCCUAAAGAACUUCUUGAUCUCACUGAAGAGAUCAUAUAUUCUAUUAAAAAUGAAUUUUUCGCCGCCUCUUUCAUGUUCUUCUUUCCACCAUUUAUUCGUCAUUAUAUUUUGAGACAUUAUAAUACUAAAUAUGUUAAUCAAGUUAAACGAUUCAAUGAUAUAUUGUUGUCGAUUAUUAGAAAUAGAAAAGCUGAGAUUGAUACAUUACCUGUUGGAGAGUCUUUGAAUCCGGACAUGUUAACUUUGUUGUUGACUACGAAUACACCUCGUGAUCUUAAAAUAAUCACUACAGGGGAUAUUACACGCCCAAUGACUGAUGAUGAGAUACGUGCUGAUCUCAAAGAAAUAUUUAGUGUUGGCAUUGAUACGGUACUGUAUCAUUAUUCAUUAUUAUCAGUGUUGUCACUGGAAGAUAGGGUUGGAUCGGUUUGGGCCGGCUCAGCUUGGCUCAAAAAGCCGAAUCAGCCGGCUCAAGCCAGAGGCCAUGGCCAAGCCGGCUUAUUAUAA